AUGGUUGGGAUGGAUCAUCCUCCUUCUUCGUUCAAACAAAGAGCUUUUCGAAAGCUUUCUUCGGAAGCUUCUUUGCGCUCUUUCUUUAGCUGCGAUCCAUCAGCAAGGCCACUUUCCGCUCAAUCUCACCGGUCAUUCACGACCUGUCGAUCCAAAAUGAACAUGUACGAUUCUUUUAGUUUAAAGGAAAACCAUUCAGACGAUCAACUCCUGUGUCAAAAAGAGUUCUUCGAUCUGACGAGUCCAUUGUCCUCAUCAAGCGCAUCGCUCAACGAAAAGCUCAGCAAGACAAAGGUGGGUAAGAAGUUGAGUAUCAUCCUCUCUCGAUUAAAGGCUGAUUGGAAUGGGAUGGUAUGCAAAAAAGCAAACAAAACCAAAAGCGUAUGCCACAAACGAUAUGCUACUGUUGACGUAGCUUAUGACCCUCAAGACAUCUUCACAAAUGAAUCAUUCUUUGUGCAUUCUUCCGAUGUACCACAAUAUACAGGAAUUAGUUCCACUAUGAGUCAAAAACACUACCGUACGCGAAACGUGACAUUCGAUGUCGAUGACGAUCCAUUCGCCGCAAAAUCACCUAUGAAAUUGGUUGCGGGCAAGCCAGUCUUACCACACAAACGUGAAAGGUCUCUUGAGAGCAAGCUUUCUGGUUUCGCCAUUCUCGCCAUCAUCCAUUUUGACUUCUCUCAAUUACCUUACGAGAUGGUGGACGGUUCGAACUCAAUGGAUGAAAGCAAAGACAGUGAAAGCUACCAUAGCGGCGAGAACAGCGAAGGUGAAGAAGCACCGCCAAUCAAAUUUGACGUAUCACAGUGCAAAAGAAUGUUCAUUCCUUCGUUUGGAUUCCUCCAAAAGUCUGCGGGAAAACCUAUGAAGGAAUCAACAAAGAAGUUAUUGGAUGAUGCUAUUUCUGUAGUAUCUUCAGACAAAGGGAGUGAAAGUGAUGACGGUGUUGAUUGCAACAAAAGUCGCCAUGUCGCUGAGGCAACUACGAACGAGAAAGACGGAAAUUCCAUGCCUGACAAAAAGUCCAAAGUCAAUCGAGAAGAACAAAGCAGCGUCUCAAUCGCCAUUCCGAUCAAGGUUUCAACAUUAAAUGAUGUGACCUGCCAACAGAGCCCAUCCGAUGAUGACAGUGAUGAAUCCACUCAGGCUCAUGACGAUGAAGACGAUGAGGCUUCAUCCGAAACGCAAUCCUCAGCACCGUCCAGCUUCUUUUCACGUUCGUCAACCCCUCCAUUCGACUUUCAUGGCCAUCUGAAUUGGAGAAAUGCAAGCGAUCCAGGUAUGCACCAUACUCCUUUCGAAGAAGGCCAAACAGAGCAGCAAACCUUUCCCCGUCGAAUUCCAAGUUCAUCAGCCUUUUUUGAGAAUUUAGACGAGAAUGAUCCUGCAUUUUACGACAAUGCAUACCUUCAAUUACGCUUUCUUGACGCACUUGAUCCAAUUUUUCCGAUGGACGAUGAGGAAGGGGUUCAAGUCCAACAAGCUUUGCAAGGUACGUCAAUCUCUCGUCAUCUUCGCAAUGACAAUAUGCCCGAAGAACAAGUUGAAAAUCUGACACAGGUGCCUGCUGAAGCAGAGGAAAGCAUCAAUCGCUUCUCCAAGACAGUAUGAAUGCUGGUACAUUC